AUUAAUUGUGUGCUUUGUUACAUUCUUACCCACUGCCUUUCAUUAUUCCCAUUUACCCCUUCAUUAUUGUUUCCCCUCAAUCAAUCUCUAUUCCUAUCCCCUCAUAUAAAUCAUUAUUUAGCUGGCUUUAGGACAUAGCAAAUUCCAGUGCAAGAAAAAAUGACCAAGAUCUUCUUUGUAUUGCUGCUAUGUCUAAUCAUAGCAUCUUCUUCUGGGUUUGUGAAUUGCUCUGAUGUUGAGAAGGAGGAAAAGAUUGGAAUAUUUGAGCUCAAGAAAGGUGACCUUUCUUUGAGGGUCACCAACUGGGGUGCUUCAAUUUUGUCCCUGGUGAUUCCUGAUAAGAAUGGAAAGUUGGGUGAUGUUGUUCUUGGAUAUGAUUCUGUUAAGGAUUACAGUAAUGAUACAACAUAUUUUGGAGCUACUGUUGGCCGGGUUGCUAACAGAAUUGGAGGAGCUCAGUUUACUCUAAAUGGAAUCUAUUACAAAUUAGUUGCUAAUGAAGGAAACAAUACUCUUCAUGGUGGAGCCAGAGGAUUUAGUGAUGUUCUUUGGAAAGUGAAAAGAUAUCAAAAAGAAGGUCCAAGUCCCAGCAUUACCUUCAGUUACCAUAGUGCUGAUGGUGAACAAGGAUUCCCUGGUGAUCUCCUAGUAACUGUGAGCUACAUUCUAACGGGGAAAAAUCAAUUGGUUAUACUUAUGAAAGGAAAAGCCCUAAACAAGCCAACACCAGUGAAUUUGGCAAACCAUGCUUACUGGAACCUAGGAGGCCAUAACAGUGGCAACAUCCUGAAUGAGGUGGUACAAAUCUUUGGUUCCAAAAUCACACCUGUGGACAACAAACUCAUUCCAACAGGCAAAUUUGCUUCUGUGAAAGGAACAGCUUAUGAUUUCCUUAAGCCGCAAACAGUUGGAAGCAGGAUCAACCAAUUGGCUGGAACCAAAGGUUAUGACAUCAACUAUGUGAUUGAUGGUGAGAAGGGGCAAAAGAUCAAGCUAGCAGCCAUAGUGCAGGACAAGAAAUCUGGGAGAGUGUUGGAGUUGUUCACAAAUGCUCCUGGUUUGCAAUUUUACACUGGUAACUAUAUCAAGGAUUUGAAGGGAAAAGGUGGAUAUGUGUACAAUGCUCAUGCAGGACUAUGUUUGGAGUCUCAAGCAUUCCCUGAUUCAGUGAAUCAUCCUAAUUUCCCUUCAACAAUUGUGACCCAAGAAAAGCCUUACAAGCAUUAUAUGCUUUUUAAGUUUUCCACCAAAAAUCCGUACAUUAGUUCAAAGUGAGAUAGGAGGAGUGAGCUUUCCCCCAUUUUUAAUAUGCCACGGUAAGUCAGUGUAGCAUUUAUAGCUCUGGAUUUCAUCCAAACUUGGGCCCCCCUUAGAAUGAAUAAUUAGAGUCCCAUGGUUAGUCUAAUAAUUUGUGGCAGCUUCAGAACCUUCCAAGCUGUUUCUCUAAACAUGUUUUGGUUUGGAUUUGUUGCUUUUCAUUGAUAUUUUGACUCUGCAUGAGUGAUGCAGAAUUUUGUUUAUA